CUAGCCUUAGUAUAACUGGAAACAUUUCCUGUGUAGACAAGCCUCUAGACUCUAAAGAUUUUCCCAGAGCUCAGGAGAAGGGGGAAAGAUGUCUGAGAUGGGUGUUCUUAACUUUCCUCACUGAGUAUGUCCCCUGUGUGUUCUUAGUCUUUGCCAACAAGAGGAAUGUCUUCAGUCCUGUCCCUGAACUCCCAUAAUGAAAAACAACACACAGUUCUGGUGUGGCUCUUGGCACCUGUAUCUUUCAAUUGAACACUGAGUGUGAAUGGCUUCUUGGAAACAUUAUUUCUGCUUUGAUAUGCGAAGUGUAAAUCUGCUUGCUGUCCUUCCAGAUUAUAAAUAUGAUCCAGAAAUAUGAUGCCUUUGGCAAUUUUUACUGGUUUUUUAAAGUUCAUUUUUCCUACAUUAAAUUUUAGCAGCAGCGGAUAGGGGAAGGAAUAAAAAGGACAGGGCCAAAUUCAUCUCUGGUGCAACUCCAUUGACUUCGGUGGGCUUGUACCAGUGAUGAAUUGGUCACCCAGAUGUAAACUGAUGUGUUUGCAAAAUGGAACUUAAUCACAGUGUGUGUUGCAUUUCAUACGUAUUUACUUACAGCCAGUACUGGCCAUUCUGUUACAAGCAUCAGAUUGCCACAAAGAAAAUAACCCUUACAUUGAAGCUCCCAUAAAAUGAACUAAAAUGGGUUUUUAAUUUACAUCUCACAGUUUGUCCUGUUUGGUUUUAAGAGUGCCAUCGAAGUGUGUGUGUGUGUGUGUGUGUGUGUGUGUGUGUUACACCACAGGUUUUAACUUAUUUGGGCUUUUGCAGAAAAGAAAAAAAUCCAGUGCAACUUGAUGACGAGGGGGGCAGAACAUUUCUACGAGUCCUCAUUCAUCUUAUCAUGCAUGACUACCCUCCUUUGCUGUCAGGGGCCCUACAGCUGCUAUUUAAGCAUUUCAGCCAAAGAGCAGAAGUUUUGCAAGCAUUUAAACAGGUCCAGUUACUGGUGUCUAAUCAGGAUGUGGACAACUACAAGCAAAUCAAAGCUGAUCUUGACCAGCUCCGACUGACUGUAGAAAAAUCUGAACUGUGGGUCGAAAAGAGCAGCAGCUACGAGAGUGGGGAGCUAGGUGACAGUCAGGCGAAAGGGGGUGAAGAACCGAUAGAGGAACCGAAUAUUUUAAGCCCAGUACAGGAUGGGACCAAAAAACCUCAGAUUGACAGCAAUAAGAGUAAUAAUUACAACAUUGUUAAGGAGAUUUUGAUUAGACUCAGCAAACUCUGUGUCCAGAAUAAAAAAUGUCGGAAUCAGCAGCAGCGAUUGCUGAAAAAUAUGGGAGCUCACUCAGUGGUGCUGGACCUCCUGCAGAUACCCUAUGAAAAGACUGAUGAAAAGAUGAAUGAAGUUAUGAAUCUAGCCCACACUUUCCUUCAGAAUUUCUGUCGAGGAAAUCCUCAGAAUCAAGUUCUCCUCCACAAAAACCUCAAUUUGUUCUUAACUCCUGGUCUGCUUGAAGCUGAAACCAUGCGGCACGCCUUUAUGAACAAUUACCAUCUGUGCAAUGAAAUUAGCGAGAGAGUAGUGCAGCACUUCGUACACUGUAUAGAGACACAUGGCCGACACGUGGAGUACCUGCGUUUUCUGCAGACAAUUGUAAAAGCAGAUGGCAAAUAUGUGAAGAAAUGCCAGGAUAUGGUAAUGACAGAGCUGAUCAAUGGAGGUGAAGAUGUGUUGAUAUUUUACAACGAUAGAGCAUCAUUUCCAGUCCUCCUACAAAUGAUGUGCUCAGAGCGAGACCGAGCAGAUGAGAGUGGACCCUUAGCCUACCACGUCACGCUUGUGGAACUGCUAGCAGCAUGUACCGAAGGAAAGAAUGUAUAUACGGAGAUCAAGUGCAAUUCACUCCUGCCACUGGAUGACAUAGUGAGAGUGGUAACCCAUGAUGACUGUAUACCAGAGGUGAAGAUUGCAUAUGUGAACUUUGUUAAUCACUGUUAUGUGGACACUGAGGUGGAAAUGAAGGAAAUCUAUGCUAGUAACCACAUUUGGAAAUUAUUUGAGAACUUCCUUGUUGAUAUGGCAAGGGUUUGCAACACAACUACAGACCGGAAACAUGCAGACACCUCUUUGGAGAAGUAUGUCACUGAACCAGUAAUGAACAUUGUGAGUGGCUUCUUCAGUUCUCCGUUUUCAGAUAACAGCACCAGCCUCCAGACACAUCAGCCAGUUUUUAUUCAACUGCUUCAGUCUGCGUUUAGAAUUUACAACUGUACCUGGCCGAACCCUGCACAGAAAGCCUCAGUGGAGUCAUGUAUCAAAACUUUGGCCGAAGUGGGUAUGUGCCAAGUUUUUAUUUAAUUAUUCUUUACUGUGUUUUAAAUA